AUGCGUGCAAAGAAUAUCUGCGUCUCUUUUGCUGCAGCCAAAGCUCCGGUACGUGAACUGUUCGAAGCCAGUGGGCUUUAUGCAACUGUGGCCAAAACCAACUUCUACCCUACAAUAUACGAUGCGAUAGCAUACGCUCAAAUGGAGAGAGGCGUCGCGACUCCUGAUAAUUUUGCAUCCCAUGAUAGCUACGCCAAUCAUGUGGACACUACAGACGAAGCUGUUCAAUGUCCUGAAUCGUCUCCAGAGCGCCAUUCUGUGUAG